UUGUUUGCUUAGAAUUUUCAUUUUCACUUUGAAAUUUCAGACUUGAUUUGCCCUAAUGGAAAAUGUAUUAACCCUUAUAAAAUGGUCCAUUAAUUAUAAUCCACAUAGUCAUUUGAAUAUACUGUUGCUGCAGGAUUAUUUUCCUGCUGUAGCAAACUGGCUCAAAUUAAGAUCCUACAGCCGUACCAUCUAAGUUCUACUAUCUAUCUAUCACAUGAUUUUAUAUUUAUAGACUUUGCAGACUGUAGUGGUAGACCUGUUAGUUUAUAAUGUGGUUUGAUUGAUUUAAUGUCAAGCUAUGUAACAAUGGUGAUGGUUGCUUCAUGGGAUGAAUAUAAUGCCGACAGCAUGAGUUAGUUCUCUGGCCUCAAACUGAAGACGUGUGGUUGUGACAAGGGUAUGUGGGGAGGGCUGUGUGUAUGUGUGUAUUGGGUGGGACGUGUGAUCUUAUAACAGGAUCCUGCUGCUUCAUUCCUGCCGUGAGCUUUAGACUCUUCUAGACCCCGAGACAGACAGCACCUCUGGAACGACACACACAGAAGUCAGGAUGAAGUUGCUGGUUCAGCUUAGUAUUCUCUUCCUCUGUCUCAUCACCUGUAAGCUCACUGAUGCCAGAGCCUUCACCCCUGAAGGAGUUCCAUAUGAUGAGCCCCCGGCAGUCCCAUACUGGCCCUACACCACCUCAGACUUCUGGCACUACGUAGAGUACUUCCGGUCUAUUGGAGCCUACAACCACAUCAAUGAAAUGGCCCGGGCCUUCUAUGCUCACCAACACCUGGGAGACACACUGGGAUAUGAGACCAACGAGGGACAUGAACAUUGAGGAGAGAGAGAGAGAGAGGGAGGGUAGAGGGAGAAUGAGAUCGAGAAGGUGGGGAGAGGGGCAGGAAGGGAGAAAAUAGGGGGAGAAUAUAAGGAGAGGGGGAGGGAGGAAAAGAGGGCAACAUAAGGAUAAGUCAUAUUGUCAAUUGAAAUGCAUUUAAAAAACAAGGUUAUAUAAAUAUGUAUUUGGACCUAUCAUUAAAUAUAUGAAUGCAUCUCACAGAUGAGAAGAAAAAAACGUAAUUCCAAACACUGCUAUAAUCUAAAAAGGUAUAUCAAUGUAAUGUGCAAUAAUAAUACAUUUUGACAAAAAA